UUAUUCCCAAAAUUGCCCCCUUUUUCUUCUUCUCUUGCUCAGUCUCUCAUCUGUCUCUCUGUCUCUCAGUCGCGCUCAUCUCUCUCUCUCUCUCUCUCUCUCUCUCAACGGCGUAGUGUAGCAGAGGCGGCGGCGUGCAGCGGCGGCGUGCAGCGACGGCGUGCGGCGGCGUGCAGCGGCGUCCAGCAACGACAGCAUCUCUCUCUGUCGCUCAUCUCUCUCUCUCUCUCAGCGGCGUCUCUCUCUUUCUCUGUCACACGCUCACUCAGUUUCAAUCGCCUCUCUCUCACUCACUCAGCGCGUAGAGCGACUAUGAGUAGCGGCGAUGUGCAACAAAUUCCGAGACAAAGGAAGAGGUUGCAAUCAAGAGAAUUGCGAAUGCAUUUGAUAACAGAAUUGAUGCUAAAAGGACCCUACGCGAAAUCAAACUGUUUUGCCAUAUGGAUCAUGAGAAUGUUAUUAAAAUUAAGGAUAUCAUACGGCCACCAGAGAAAGAUGAGUUCAGUGAUGUGUAUACUGCAUAUGAACUUAUGGAUAUCGAUCUAUAUCAAAUAAUACACUCUUCCCAGGAACUCACAGAUGAUCAUUGUCAGGAGUAAUUUGAAUCUCAACUGGGUAUCCCAAGAGAGUAAAUUUCUGAAACUGAUGUUGCGAGUUCCAUCCAGCUCCAGCCUUGCCAAGGAUUUGGAAAUUCAGCAUGCCUUGUCAUCAAGUUUUAUGCACAAUUUCAUUUUUACGAUAUUAUUUCUGUGCAACUUUUUCUUAGUUUAAACUUGAUGUCUAAUCCUGAUGGCAUUUUUUGUUUUGUUAAUUUCACAUUUAACUUGCACAGGCAUGGCUUAUGUAUUUUUGGAGAAGAGCUGAAGUCCAUGGUGUAGAAGAGGAGAUUGCCAAAGAACGACUUCAAUUUUGGAUUAUCUGUAGCGGGCACUCACCAACCUCACAUGAUGCUGUUGAUGACGUUCGCAAGCCAGCGAAAGACUUCCGCCAAUCUUACGUUCCCAGUAAGGAUCUGAAAAAACUCCUAGACUUGCCAGUUCACAAAAGAAAAGCACCUCUUCUUCUCAACUUUAUUCCUACAUACAAAUCGAUUUUGCCCGACGUCCCAGAAAAAAGAAGAAAAGCCUUUCUCCUCCUACUGCCACAACUCAAACCGCCUCUACAUCACGAACAGACCAAGAGUCAACAUCUGACCCAACCAAUCAACCAUCUACUUCGGCCCCAUACUUGGUCCCAAUACAAGAAUGAAAACGUCGGCGAAGACUUGUCAAAACUGCUGAGAUGGGUCGCCUAAAGCCCGUUGUUCAAGAUCUCCUUGCCGAUCUCCCUGUUGACGUCGAUGCCCAGCCGACGCAAACCAUGCCCCCACCAAAGCCGAAACGAACCAAGAAAGCCCAGCCAAAGGCUAAAGCCACUGAAGUUGAGGCUGAGGAUACCCUGACAAUUUCACAAUUGGCAGGGAGUGAGAAGACGGCUUCCGUUCCCAAAAAACGGUCUGCUGAGACACCGCCAUCAGAGUCCACACAAUCAAAGAAACCGAGGUCAUCGUCUGCGACGACCUCGGGGUCCAGAAUACCAAAAGUCCUCUGGACGCCUGAAAUUACUUUAGAAGAUAAGCCCGUUCUUGCCAGCGAUAGUGCCGACGACAUAAUGCCAAGAUGAUGAGUACGAGAACUAUGCCUUUAUGCUCCAACGUUCUGUCCAAGUAAGUGUCUUUACAUGGAAACUUGUCUUCUCUUUUACUUUGUAAAAGUUUGUAAUAAUUUUUGCCCUGUGCUCUUUCAGGCUAUUCAACAUGUCCACUCUCUCUUUAUGCAAGCUUUUGAAAAUAGGGCAAAGUUGGCCGACAUGAAGAGGGAGGUUUCUGCCCUUAAAAAGGAGAACAAAGCCCUUCAAUCAAAAAUGAAAAAACUGGAAGACCAGGCUGAGGCUGCCACCAAAGCCCAAACCCUAGCCAAAGAAAAGGCCGAAUCUGCUAGGUCAUCAAGAAGGUUGCCGAGGCCGAGAAGAGAGAAGCCGAGGACAAAAAGGCCCAAGCCAAAAUGGAACUUCAGGAGGCCUUGGCCACUAAAGAUGCUGAAAUCAAAGCGGCCGACGAAAAAGCCUAUGCCCAAGGAAUGGCCGACGUUAUAGAGGAAUACAAAUUACAAGUUAGGCAGGCAUGCAACAAGGGCUUUUCCCUUGGUUGGAUGUCCCUGGCCAAAAAGCUCAAUAUUCCUAAAGAUUCACCUCUGCGCAAGGCUGAAGCUAUUCCUCUCCCAUUCCCUGCUCCUCCUCCACCUCCAAGUCAAGUUGAAGAAGAAUCUGAAUCUGAGUCUGAAGAUGAGGAGGAAGGUGAGGAUGAGGCUUUAGUAAGGAAAUCCAAGGAGGCUGAUGGGCCUAAGUCUCCUUCUCUGAAUGAGCAGGUCUUGGACCUGACUCAAGAUGAUGAUGGUGAUGCAGUUGCUAAGGAAACUACUCCUGAACAGGCCUCAUCUGACAUUCCUCCAGUCGAAAAAAGUCUUAAUGAAACCCUUGUGCCGAUUGACGCCGAAAUCGAGGCGGAAAAGACUGCCGAAGUAGCUCUUCAGGAAUCAGUCGAGGUAGUUCUCCAAGAAUCGGCCGAGGUCCAGUCUCAAAUUGCGCUUGAAGUUGAAGAAUCAUAACUUUGAUGUCCCUCUUUUCUUGUUUUUUGUACUUUUCUGUUUCUUGGACAGUAUGCCUUCUGUUUGUGUUGGAUAUUUUAACAUAACUAUCUUUCUUUGAAUGACUGCAUUCUUUUUUGCCUUAUCUUUGACUGCCUCUGUUUGAUUCUAUACUUAGAAUUUUUUUGUAUGCCUUUCAUAUUUUGCCUCCUUUGUGCAAUCUUCUCGGGGUUACAUACCUCGGGUAUAAUAGCUGCAAAACUUUUACUUCGGCAAGAUACU